AUGGCGGAUUCGACCGGACCGCCUGUGGCGAGUCUGCAGCUGGCGAAGCCUCGCAGCAUGUUCCUCUGCGGCUCGCUGCCGGUCUGGCUCGAUCGCGAGUUCACCACGCUCGAGUUCUCUCCGGGGAUAUCGAGAUCUUUCUUCCACGAUAGGACUCCCGGCAUUCCCAAGGUGAUCCCUCCCCCAGCCCGACCGUCCCUGGACACGCAUCCCCCCGCAUGGCUGCACCGAGACAACAUCCUCCUGCCAGUCGACCGUCCCUCGGACCCUCCAGGUUCCACCUGGGGGGGGUCGUAUCUGCACCACAGCGGCGCGCGCAAGUGCGAGGCGCUGGCGGUGAGGGGUCUGGCGGAGUUUGGGGAGGACGCGGUGGACGUGAUAGCGCCCGCGGACGUGCUGAAGCAGCUGUUCAAACUGCCCUUUUCCAAGGCGAGCCUCUUUGUCAGCGUGCACCGCGUUGGCCGCACGCUCGUGCUCAACCCCGGGGGGCUGGCGGAGUUUGGGGAGGACGCAGUAGACGUGAUAGCGCCCGCGGACGUGCUCAAGCAGCUGUUCAAGCUGCCGUUUUCCAAGGCCAGCCUCUUUGCCAGCGUGCACCACGUCGGCCGCACGCUCGUGCUCAACCCCGGCUCCGAGCCUUGCUGUGUGGACUCCCACAACGUGGAGGAGGGGGGAGGAGGAGGUGUGGAGGCAGAGAGAGGGGCGGACAGGUUUGCCCGGGUGGUGUUCUGGCAGUUGGAGCACCUGAGGCUGUUUCUUGGCAGCGACCUGAUUCUGUUCAGCAAUGAGAAGCAUGCUGCUGUCAGCCUUCACCUCGUUGACGUGGAGCAUGAGAGCUCCCCUUUGGUGUGGCUCGAUAUAUGGCUCGAUAACCUGAUGGCGGGGGUGCCGGAAUUAGCCAUCUGCUACCAUCACAAGGGCGUCGUGCAGGGCUACGAGCUGCUGCACUGUGACGACGUGUUUCUGCUCAAGUGCCUCGCGAGAGACGGGUCGGCGUCGUUCUACCCCCACGCUGUGAGGGACAGCGCGCUCGCCAUCCUGGGGUUCCUGCAGGACAAGUGCGUGCGCAGCCCCGGCACCUACUGGCUUCGCAAGGAUGCAGGCACUGACGUGCUGCAGCUAUUCGACCUCACUCCACCGCUCCAGAACCCAUCUGCACCGCUCCGCCUCGCCCCAUCCCUCGCUACCCAUCCUUCACCCCUGGGAGAACCAUCAGGAGAGGCAGCAGGGCAAGAGCGGGACGAGCAAGGGGGGCAGCAGUGGGGACAGCAGGGGAGGCAGCAGGGGGGCUAG